AUGGUUACAGUCGCCAAGCGACUGGAACCAUCAGACUACCACCACCACGACGACCACCACUACCACGACAACAUCCACGACAACGACAACCACCACCACCACUACCACGACGACGACGACGACGACGACGACUACCACGACGACAACGACGACGACCACAACGACAACGACAACCACCACCACCACUACCACGACGACGACGACGACGACGACUACCACGACGACAACGACGACGACCACAACGACAACGACAACCACCACCACCACCACUACCACCACGACGACGACGACGACGACUACCACGACGACGACGACGACGACGACGACUACCACGACGACAACGACCACGACCACAACGACAACGACAACCACCACCACCACUACCACCACGACGACGACGACGACGACAACGACGACGACCACAACGACAACGACAACCACCACCACCACUACCACGACGACGACGACGACGACUACCACGACGACAACGACGACGACCACAACGACAACGACAACCACCACCACCACUACCACCACGACCACGACGACGACGACGACUACGACGACGACGACGACGACGACGACGACGACGACAACGACAACCACCACCACCACUACCACGACGACGACGACGACGACGACUACGACGACUACCACGACGACAACGACCACGACCACAACGACAACGGUGAACAACCACCACCACCACCACUACACGACGACGACGACGACGACGACUACCACGACGACGACGACGACGACGACUACCACGACGACAACGACCACGACCACAACGACAACGACAACCACCACCACCACCACUACCACGACGACGACGACGACGACGACGACCACGACGACGACGACGACGACGACUACCACGACGACGACGACGACGACGACUACCACGACGACAACGACCACGACCACAACGACAACGACAACCACCACCACCACUACCACCACGACGACGACGACGACGACUACCACGACGACAACGACGACGACCACAACGACAACGACAACCACCACCACCACUACCACCACGACGACGACGACGACGACUACCACGACGACGACGACAACGACGACGACCACAACGACAACGACAACCACCACCACCACUACCACCACGACGACGACGACGACGACUACCACGACGACGACGACAACGACGACGACCACAACGACAACGACAACCACCACCACCACUACCACCACGACGACGACGACGACGACUACCACGACGACAACGACGACGACCACAACGACAACGACAACCACCACCACCACUACCACCACGACGACGACGACGACGACUACCACGACGACAACGACGACGACCACAACGACAACGACAACCACCACCACCACUACCACCACGACGACGACGACGACGACUACGACGACGACAACGACGACGACCACAACGACAACGACAACCACCACCACCACUACCACCACGACGACGACGACGACGACUACGACGACGACAACGACGACGACCACAACGACAACGACAACCACCACCACCACUACCACCACGACGACGACGACGACGACUACGACGACGACGACGACGACGACUACCACGACCACAACGACGACGACCACAACGACAACGACAACCACCACCACCACCACUACCACGACGACGACGACGACGACGACUACGACGACGACGACGACGACCACGACGACAACGACAACCACCACCACCACUACCACCACGACGACGACGACGACGACUACGACGACGACGACGACGACGACGACUACCACGACGACAACGACCACGACCACAACGACAACGAGAAGACUAAUUCAAUCCAUUUCAGACAACCACCACCACCACUACCACGACGGGGCCCCGACGACGACGACGACUACCACGACGACGACGACGACGACGACGACUACCACGACGACAACGACGACGACCACAACGACAACGACAACCACCACCACCACUACCACCACGACGACGACGACGACGACUACCACGACGACAACGACGACGACCACAACGACAACGACAACCACCACCACCACUACCACCACGACGACGACGACGACGACUACGACGACGACAACGACGACGACCACAACGACAACGACAACCACCACCACCACUACCACCACGACGACGACGACGACGACUACGACGACGACGACGACAACGACGACGACCACAACGACAACGACAACCACCACCACCACUACCACCACGACGACGACGACGACGACUACGACGACGACGACGACGACAACGACGACGACCACAACGACAACGACAACCACCACCACCACUACCACCACGACGACGACGACGACGACGACGACGACGACGACGACGACAACGACGACGACCACAACGACAACGACAACCACCACCACCACUACCACCACGACGACGACGACGACGACGACUACCACGACGACAACGACGACGACCACAACGACAACGACAACCACCACCACCACUACCACCACGACGACGACGACGACGACUACGACGACGACGACGACGACAACGACGACGACCACAACGACAACGACAACCACCACCACCACUACCACGACGACGACGACGACGACGACUACCACGACGACAACGACGACGACCACAACGACAACGACAACCACCACCACCACUACCACCACGACGACGACGACGACGACUACCACGACGACAACGACGACGACCACAACGACAACGACGACCACCACCACCACCACUACCACGACGACGACGACGACGACUACGACGACGACGACGACAACGACGACGACCACAACGACAACGACAACCACCACCACCACUACCACCACGACGACGACCACAACGACAACGAGAAGACUAAUUCAAUCCAUUUCAGACAACCACCACCACCACUACCACCACGACGACGACGACGACGACUACACGACGACGACGACAACGACGACGACCACAACGACAACGACAACCACCACCACCACCACCACCACGACGACGACGACGACGACGACGACGACGACGACGACAACGACGACGACCACAACGACAACGACAACCACCACCACCACUACCACCACGACGACGACGACGACGACUACGACGACGACGACGACGACAACGACGACGACCACAACGACAACGACAACCACCACCACCACCACCACCACGACCACGACGACGACGACGACGACGACGACGACGACAACGACGACGACCACAACGACAACGACAACCACCACCACCACCACCACCACGACGACGACGACGACGACUACGACGACGACAACGACGACGACCACAACGACAACGACAACCACCACCACCACUACCACCACGACGACGACGACGACGACUACGACGACGACAACGACGACGACCACAACGACAACGACAACCACCACCACCACUACCACCACGACGACGACGACGACGACUACGACGACGACAACGACGACGACCACAACGACAACGACAACCACCACCACCACUACCACCACGACGACGACGACGACGACUACGACGACGACAACGACGACGACCACAACGACAACGACAACCACCACCACCACUACCACCACGACGACGACGACGACGACGACGACCACGACGACAACGACGACGACCACAACGACAACGACAACCACCACCACCACUACCACCACGACGACGACGACGACGACGACGACCACGACGACAACGACGACGACCACAACGACAACGACAACCACCACCACCACUACCACCACGACGACGACGACGACGACUACCACGACGACAACGACGACGACCACAACGACAACGACAACCACCACCACCACUACCACCACGACGACGACGACGACGACUACGACGACGACAACGACGACGACCACAACGACAACGACAACCACCACCACCACUACCACCACGACGACGACGACGACGACUACGACGACGACAACGACGACGACCACAACGACAACGACAACCACCACCACCACUACCACCACGACGACGACGACGACGACUACCACGACGACAACGACGACGACCACAACGACAACGACAACCACCACCACCACUACCACCACGACGACGACGACGACGACUGCGACGACGACGACGACGACGACCACAACGACAACGACAACCACCACCACCACUACCACGACGACGACGACGACGACGACUACCACGACGACAACGACGACGACCACAACGACAACGACAACCACCACCACCACUACCACCACGACGACGACGACGACGACGACUACCACGACGACAACGACGACGACCACAACGACAACGACAACCACCACCACCACUACCACGACGACGACGACGACGACGACGACUACCACGACGACAACGACGACGACCACAACGACAACGAGAAGACUAAUUCAAUCCAUUUCAGACAACCACCACCACCACUACCACCGACGACGACGACGACGACGACGACGACGACAACGACGACGACCACAACGACAACGACAACCACCACCACCACUACCACCACGACGACGACGACGACGACGACGACCACGACGACAACGACGACGACCACAACGACAACGACAACCACCACCACCACUACCACCGACGACGACGACGACGACGACGACCACGACGACAACGACGACGACCACAACGACAACGACAACCACCACCACCACUACCACCACGACGACGACGACGACGACGACGACUACCACGACCACAACGACAACGACAACCACCACCACCACUACCACCACGACGACGACGACGACGACUACGACGACGACAACGACGACGACCACAACGACAACGACAACCACCACCACCACUACCACCACGACGACGACGACGACGACGACGACGACCACGACGACAACGACGACGACCACAACGACAACGACAACCACCACCACCACUACCACCACGACGACGACGACGACGACGACGACGACGACAACGACGACGACCACAACGACAACGACAACCACCACCACCACUACCACCACGACGACGACGACGACGACUACCACGACGACAACGACGACGACCACAACGACAACGACAACCACCACCACCACUACCACCACGACGACGACGACGACGACUACCACGACGACAACGACGACGACCACAACGACAACGACAACCACCACCACCACUACCACCACGACGACGACCACAACGACAACGACAACCACCACCACCACUACCACGACGACGACGACGACGACGACUACCACGACGACAACGACGACGACCACAACGACAACGACAACCACCACCACCACUACCACCACGACGACGACGACGACGACUACCACGACGACAACGACGACGACCACAACGACAACGACAACCACCACCACCACUACCACCACGACGACGACGACGACGACUACGACGACGACGACGACGACCACAACGACAACGACAACCACCACCACCACUACCACCACGACGACGACGACGACGACUACGACGACGACAACGACGACGACCACAACGACAACGACAACCACCACCACCACUACCACCACGACGACGACGACGACGACUACGACGACAACGACGACGACCACAACGACAACGACAACCACCACCACCACUACCACCACGACGACGACGACGACGACUACCACGACGACAACGACGACGACCACAACGACAACGACAACCACCACCACCACUACCACCACGACGACGACGACGACGACUACGACGACGACUACCACGACGACGACCACAACGACAACGACAACCACCACCACCACUACCACCACGACGACGACGACGACGACGACGACGACUACCACGACGACAACGACGACGACCACAACGACAACGACAACCACCACCACCACUACCACCACGACGACGACGACGACGACUACCACGACGACAACGACGACGACCACAACGACAACGACAACCACCACCACCACUACCACGACGACGACGACGACGACGACUACCACGACGACAACGACGACGACCACAACGACAACGACAACCACCACCACCACUACCACCACGACGACGACGACGACGACUACGACGACGACGACGACGACGACCACAACGACAACGACAACCACCACCACCACUACCACCACGACGACGACGACGACGACUACCACGACGACAACGACGACGACCACAACGACAACGACAACCACCACCACCACUACCACCACGACGACGACGACGACGACUACGACGACGACAACGACGACGACCACAACGACAACGACAACCACCACCACCACUACCACCACGACGACGACGACGACGACUACCACGACGACAACGACGACGACCACAACGACAACGACAACCACCACCACCACUACCACCACGACGACGACGACGACGACUACCACGACGACAACGACGACGACCACAACGACAACGACAACCACCACCACCACUACCACGACGACGACGACGACGACGACUACCACGACGACAACGACGACGACCACAACGACAACGACAACCACCACCACCACUACCACCACGACGACGACGACGACGACGACUACGACGACGACAACGACGACGACCACAACGACAACGACAACCACCACCACCACUACCACCACGACGACGACGACGACGACUACCACGACGACAACGACGACGACCACAACGACAACGACAACCACCACCACCACUACCACCACGACGACGACGACGACGACGACUACCACGACGACAACGACGACGACCACAACGACAACGACAACCACCACCACCACUACCACCACGACGACGACGACGACGACGACGACUACCACGACGACAACGACGACGACCACAACGACAACGACAACCACCACCACCACUACCACCACGACGACGACGACGACGACUACGACGACGACGACGACGACCACAACGACAACGACAACCACCACCACCACUACCACCACGACGACGACGACGCACGACGACAACGACACGACAACGACAACGACAACCACCACCACCACUACCACCACGACGACGACGACGACGACGACGACUACCACGACGACAACGACGACGACCACAACGACAACGACAACCACCACCACCACUACCACCACGACGACGACGACGACGACUACGACGACGACUACCACGACGACAACGACGACGACAACCACCACCACCACUACCACCACGACGACGACGACGACGACGACGACUACCACGACGACAACGACGACGACCACAACGACAACGACAACCACCACCACCACUACCACCACGACGACGACGACGACGACGACGACUACCACGACCACAACGACGACGACCACAACGACAACGACAACAACCACCACUACCACCACGACGACGACUACCACAACGACCACGACGACAACUACCACGACCACGACCACCACGACAACGACGACCACGACCACCACGACAACGACGACGACGACUACCACGACAACGACAACAACCACUACCACCACUACCACGACAACCACGACGACAAGCGCUGGUUGCUGCAAGUUGGGAGGUGUUUGGAGCGAAUGGAGUUCGCCGACGACGGCUUGCUCGGACUCUUGCGGUCUUUGCGGAAACUGGACUCUCACCAGGACUUGCCUCUCUGCGCCGAGCUGCCCAUGCGCCGGUGCUACGACGAAGGUUACUCCUCGGAUCCCGAGCCGCCAGCAUCUGAUGAAUGCGCCCUUGACUGCUGCCCGAAUGGAGGUGUUUGGGGAGAAUGGUCUCAGGGAGGACAGUGCUCGACCAAGUGCGGAGCCUGCUCGACGAUUACACAGAGACGCGUCUGCCUGACGGAACCGAAAUGCGGAGCCUGCACCGGACAAGCCACUCGAUCUGUAUACUGCAACAUCCAGGUAUGCUACUACCCGCAGAACAGUUGCUGCUCACCUUGGCACGCGACUGUCGUCAACAAUACAAAUGCUUGUGGAGAUAUUCCAGCCCCGUACGAUCCGACGCCAGCCCCGAAUGUUUGCCCUCCACCUUGCUGCCCAUUGAAUGGAACCUGGUCUGAAUGGUCAACAACCCAGACCUGCCCCGAUUAUUGCGGAUCUUGCGGUAAUUUGACCUACACCCGAACCUGUACCUCGAUGGCUGAUGGCUGCCCCUGCACUGGAGACACGACAAAGGUGCAAGCGUGCAACAUCGGUGUCUGCUACUUCCCGCGUCUCUCUUGCUGCCCCGGCUACAGCGCCACCGUCAUUGACGAUACCAAUGCGUGCGGACCCCAGCCCACUCUGACCCCUGAUGCCCCACCGUUCGACAACUGCAGCACAACUUGUUGCACAUCGGGUGGAAUUUGGAGCGAAUGGUCAUGGAGCGGCAGCUGGCAGAAGGGAGGAGACUAUAAGAAUUUGACGUGCGGAAAUUGCGAACAGCGAACACAGAAGAGGACGUGUCUGUCAGCCACUUACGGAUGUCCUUGCACUGGACCCAGCACAAACGCGAUCGGCAACAACGAUACGCUCUGUGUAUUCCCGAACCCGACAUGCUGUAAUGGAUAUGUGAAGAAGCUGAACACGACCUCGAAGAAGUACACUUGCCAAGCCAACGCUACUAUUCCAGCCCCUGUUGGCGAUGGAUGUUGCCCACCAAGCGGACUUGGCCUCUGGAACCCAUGGCAAAGCUGGGCGACUUGCAGUGCCACUUGUGGUCUCUGCGGAACCCAAUCUAGGACGAGGACAUGCGCUUCUGCUGCCUAUGGAUGCCCAUGCACCGGAAAUUCGACUACAUCUCGCGCUUGCGGCAAUCCGGCUUGUACGGGCGCUACACCUUGCUGCGGAGGAACGUACCAAGCGAUUGCUUACGAUGGAACAUUGUUCUGCCAGGAUACGCCGUGGGCCCCCACGUGCGCAGGAGUGUGGACAGAAUGGACAUUGACCACAAACUGUACCACCAACCUUGUGCUGACGCCGGCCAACUGCGGAAUGUGCGCCAAGACGACGUACAACCGCUUCUGCAUGAACCCUGGAUGCAACUGCUCCAAUAGCCCCGCCGAUUUCCAAAAACAAGUUGCCUGCACGGACACGAUCUGCACGUUCCCCAACGCGACCUGCUGCGCUGGAUACGCGAAGAAGCUGAACACGACCUCGAAGAAAUACACUUGCCAACCCACC